AUGGGAUCUAACUCAUCACAACCACCAGCAGAAUUAAGUGAAGAAGAUAUAGAAUUUAUUUCAAGUAAAGCUAAAAUUGAUAACGACAGUGUUCGAGUUUGGUAUGAAAAACUUAAGGCUGCUUGUCCAAAUGGAAAAAUUUCUAAGGCAGAUACAGUGAGCUUCUUAAGAAGUAUUAAUAGUGGUAAAGAAGAACAAAUUGAAAAACAAGCAACUGAUAUUCAUAAGGCAUUUGACGCAAAUAAUGAUGGCAUUGUUGAUCAGCGUGAAUUUUUAAUUGGUUUUGCAUUAACUUCUAAUGGUAGCAUACGUGAGAAGCUUAAAUAUGUUUUUCGAACGUAUGAUCAUGAUAAAGAUGGUUAUAUUAAUAAAAAAGAAAUUGAUCGAAUGGUUAAAAUUGCAAUGAGACUUCAUGCAAAAGAUGAUCCUGAAAAUACUUCACGUAUUAUUGACGAAUUAAAACGAUCACUUGAACAUCUUAAUCAAGGCAAAGAUCUCGAUGAUUUAAAAAUAACUUCAAAAGAAUUUAUUCAGUUAUUAAUGGAAAAUAAAGAACUAUGCGAAUUAGUAUCACCGUUUAAUAUUGAACAACCACGAGAGGUCAUUGUUCAACAACCACAUGCUCAGUCAAAAUAG